ACUAGAAGUGCCUAGGGAGGUGUGUUAUAUUUUUGGUAUCAGAGCCAAGGUUUUGCUAAUAUAUUGAUCUGUCAUAUGAGUUAGAGUCUAGUGUCACAGGAUUAGAUUUUGCCUAACCAUUAGUUUUGCACUCUUUGUUUUUAUUAGUACCGAAGAAGAAAGAUGAGUCAAGGAGACAAUACUUCUACUCCUCCUGCUACUGAUGACGUGAGUACCCGAAUGGAUAUAAUGCAAAAGGCCAUUACAGACAUGAGUUCCAUCUUUAGGGAUUAUCUUCAACAUCAAAACAACAAUAAUGCCCCACAAAACACUGGUGGCAAUUCACAGCAAACAGUGGACUCUAGUGAAGGAAAUGAGCAGUUGACAUUGGUGAAGCAAUUUCAGAACAUGAACCCGCCUAGCUUCAAGGGAGUUCCUGAUCCCGAUGUGGCUGAGUCUUGGGUUAAGAAAUUAGAAAAGAUGUUCAAGCUCUUGAAAUGUACUGACGUGCAAAAAGUGGAGCUAGCAGUGUUCACAUUAGAAGGUGAAGCUGAUAAUUGGUGGACAGCUGCUCAAGAUGGGUUUUCUAAGAAGGGGGAGGAGGUUACAUGGGACAAGUUUGUUCAGGCCUUUUAUCGAAAAUAUUUUUCUGCAGCUGUGUUGGAAAGAAAGGAACUGGAGUUUAGGAAUUUGAAGAAGGCAAGGAAGUUUCAAAGAGGGUUGAAAGCCUCCAUUAGGAACAAGGUGGUUCCUCAAAUGCUAAAGACUUAUGAUGAGGUCUUGGCCAUGGCUCAAAUUAUUGAGCAAGAUAUGGAGGAGCAAAAAAUGGAGACUCAUGACUCAAAAGGCAAGGGAAAGGUUAUCAACAACCAGCCUUUCAACAAGAAGCUUGGACAAAGGGGAAAAAGGAAGAUCCCCGAAAGCAACAGACCUAGUUUUGAUUUUUGUAAGAGGUGCGGUAAGAACCAUGGGGGAAAAGAAUGUUAUUGGCAGAUUGGGGCAUGUUUCAAGUGUGGGAAGACUGGCUAUUUGAUCAAGGAUUGCUCGGUUCUCAAGGGAGCAAGUCACCAGCUAAAGGAUCAAGAUAAUAAGAAGCCCAAGGUUCAAGGAAGAGUUUUUUCCAUCACAGAACAACAAGCUCAAAACACUCCUACAGUUAUAAAAGGUAAAAUACCUAUCUCUUUUGGGAAUGCCUAUGUGUUGAUUGACUCUGGAUCUACCCACUCAUUUGUGUCACCUAAGUAUGUGCUAUUUUUGCAUGUGGAGCCUGAAACCCUUGAUUGUGUGCUUGUGGUGAAUACUCCUUCUAAGGAGGUUUCAACAUCAAAAACCAUUUAUAGAUCUUGUAGAGUUAUGGUAGAGGGUAGAGUUUUGCUUGCCGAUCUGAUUUUGUUAGAAAUAGUGGAAUUUGAUGUCAUACUUGAUAUGGAUUGGUUGUCUACCCAUUAUGCCAUGGUUGAUUGUUAUGAAAAGGUGGUUGCUUUUUCCGCUCCUAACCAGCCUAUGAUUCGGUUUGAAGGAGAAAAAGUUGGAUCAUUUCCAUUACUUGUUUCUUGCAUGCAAGCUGAUAAAAUGUUGCAGCAUGAGUGUUAUGGAUAUCUGGCAUAUGUUUUUGAAUCUAAAGACAAGCCGAUGUCUGUAGAAGGAAUUUGGGUAAUGGAAGACUUUCCUGAUGUUUUCCCUAAGGAGUUGCCUAGGUUGCCUCCAAAUAGGGAGAUUGAGUUUACUAUAGACAUUGUGUCUGAUGGCUCUCUUAGAUUGUGCAUUGACUAUAGACGGUUGAAUCAAGUCACCGUCAAGAACAAAUAUCCUUUGCCAAGGAUUGAUGAUUUGUUUGAUCAGUUACAAGGGGCUCGUGUCUUUUCUAAAAUUGAUCUUAGAUCGAGUUAUUAUCAACUAAAUGUUAAACCCGAGGAUGUGAUGAAGACUAUUUUUAGGAGCAGAUAUGGGCACUACGAGUUCUUGUUUGUCAUUGUCUUCAUUGAUGACAUUCUUAUCUUUUCUCCUGAUGAAGAGAGCCACAAAGAGCAUCUUGCCAUUGUAUUGCAGAUUUUGCGAGAAAAGAAGUUAUAUGAGCAAAGCUUUCAAGAGUUGAAGAACAGAUUGGUCACAGCACCAAUUCUUGCUAUUCCCGACAAUGGAGGAAACUUUGUGGUAUAUACUGAUGCUUCUCACAAAGGCUUAGGUUGUGUACUUAUGCAACAUGGACGGGUGAUAGCUUAUGAGUCUAGACAGCUCAAGACACAUGAGAGGAAUUACCCUACACAUGAUUUAGAACUUGCUGCCAUAAUUUUUGCACUUAAGUUGUGGAGGCACUAUUUGUAUGGAGAAGAGUUUGAGAAAUCAACUGGCACUUUAACAAGCUUAAUGGUGAUGGAGUGGAAACUCCUAGAAGAAUUCAAGAAUUUGAAUGUCAGUGGAAAAAGCUCCAAAAUGGGUCUUCAUAUUUCGGAUGAUGGAAUCAUAAGACUUGGGGAUAGAAUUUGUGUUCCAUAUGAUGAAGGGCUGAGGACAGAAUUGCUCCAAGAAGCACACAAGUCACACAAGUCCAAUUAUACCAUUCAUCAUGGGAGUACCAAAAUGUAUCAUGACUUAAAAGAGACAUUCUGGUGGAAAAGCAUGAAGAAGGAUGUGGCUAAAUAUGUGUCCAAAUGCUUGACUUGUCAAGUGGUAAAAGCAGAGCACCAGAAGCCAGGAGGGCAACUUCAACCUUUGCCUAUACUGGAGUGGAAGUGGGAAGCCAUCUCAAUGGACUUCAUUGUGGGAUUGCCGAAGAUGAAAAGGCAAUUUGAUGCAAUUUGGGUGAUUGUGGGCAGAUUAACAAAGUCAGCUCACUUUUUGGCUAUAAAACAAAAAGACCCAUUAGACAAGUUGGCCAAGCUUUAUGUCCAGGAGAUUGUUAGACUCCAUGGGGUCCCAAUGAGCAUUGUAUCAGACAGAGAUCCAAGGUUUACUGCAAGAUUUUGGAGAUCUUUCCAGAAAGCCAUGGGAACUCAAUUGAAAUUAAGCACAGCAUACCACCCACAAACCGAUGGGCAAUUUGAGAGGACUAUUCAAGUGCUCGAAGACAUGCUAAGAACUUGUGCAUUAGAUUUGCCUGAGAGUUGGGAUGAUCAUCUUCCAUUGGCAGAGUUUGCUUAUAAUAACAGCUAUCAUUCCAGUAUCAAAAUGGCACCUUAUGAGGCUCUUUAUGGCAGGAGAUGUAGAACUCCAAUUUGUUGGGCAGAAGUUGGCUAUGGAAGGGUGUCACCAACUAAGGGAGUGUAUCGGUUUGGUUUGAAAGGCAAACUCAGUCCGAGAUACAUUGGCCCGUUUGAGAUUCUUGAAAGUGUAGGUGAAGUGACUUAUAGAAUUGCAUUGCCUCCAGAAUUGUCAAAUGUGCAUAAUGUAUUUCAUGUUUCGGUUUUGAGGAAGUAUGAGCUAGAUCCUUCACAUGUCAUAAACUAUGAACCAUUAGAGUUGAAGGAAGAUUUAAGUUACACCGAACAACCAAUACAUAUUUUGGAUAGGAAAGAAAAAGUUUUGAGGAACAAGAUUGCGUCCUUAGUGAAAGUGUUGUGGCGGCAUCAUUCUGAGAAUGAAGCUACAUGGGAACUUGAAAGCCAGAUGAGGGGGCAGUAUCCAAAUCUAUUUUGGUAAGCUAAAUGAUUUGGUGGGCCAAAUCCUUUUAAGGUGGGGAUGAUGUAACACCCCACAUACCUUAGUGAAUAAUUUAAAAAUUAGUGUCCUUUAGUUUAUAGUUUUAGGGAUUAAAUUGAUUGAAUUUAA